AUGGAGCUUAUGGGGCCAUCACUGGAAGAGUUGUUCGGUUAUUGCGAGCGUCGUUUCACUAUGAAAACAGUGCUAAUGCUAGCUGAUCAAAUGAUCGAAAGGAUUCAAUGCUUGCAUGAGACAGGCUUCCCGGAUAAUUUUGUUAUGGGCGUUGAACACAGUUCUUGUAUGGUUUUCAUAAUCAAUAUGAAAUAUGCAUUUUGUUAUCAUUCAGAUCGUCAGCCUGCGCAACAUGUUAGCUAUCGAGAAAAUCAAGAGUUUCAUGGCUCCCCAUAUUUCGCAUCGUUAAACCGACAGUUGGGCACAGUAGGAUCGAGGCGAGAUGAUUUAGAAUCUCUUCUAUACGUCCUCUUAUAUUUCCUCAGGUACCGCUACUAAUG